AUGAUUUUACAAAUACAAUUAAUAACACGUAUUAUCUCUACUUAUAUGAGUCUUACGAUGUUUAUUAUUGGAACGAUUGGUAACAUUUCCAAUAUUUUUGUAUUUACACAUCUUCCUUUAUUAUCUAAGUUAGCAAGCAGUUGGUUCUUAGGAGCAUCAUUCAUUGCUAGUCAACUCGUGUUAAAUACAGGUGUCAUUUCUCGUGUUAUACUUGGUUUUUCUGGAAUUGAUCCAUUGGUUUCAUCGAUGAUCUGGUGCAAAAUACGUUGGAUAUUAGGACCUCUUGGAGGUAGUACAUCACUUACUUGUAUAAGUUUAGCAUCCAUCGAUCGAUAUUUCAUUACAAGUGAUCAGGUCGAUCGACAUCGAUGGAUUUCUGUACGACGUGCUCAAUAUAUGAUUCUCAUUGUUGUUUUUAUCUGGUUUAUUCUUUUAAUUCCAAAUGGAAUCUAUUACACAUUACCAUCGUGCACAAUUAUCAACACGAUCUAUGCUCAAUUCUCACCUAUCUUCAGUUUAGUUACGUACAGUAUAUUUCCAUUAUUAGUUUUAGCUAUAUUUUGUGUCUUAACUUGGUUCAAUUUACAUAGUAAUCGUAUGAAAUUAAUUCGUAGGAAUAAUAUGGAAUCUCAAGUGAAUAAAAUGAUGAUUGCACAACUCUCUGUUGUUCUACUGACUAGCGUACCCAAUGUUAUACUACAAAUAUAUACCCUAUCAUCUCGUACUAUAUUCAAAAGUACCUUACGCCAAGCACAGGAAGGACUUUUAUCAGCUGUACUUUCGGAACUCGGAUUUGUUACUCAUGCCGGAACAUUCUAUGUUUAUUUGAUCGCUUCUCGCAGCUAUAGGAAUAAUGUGAAAAAUAUCAUUUUAAGUUAUAAAAACGGCUUGAAUCGCGUGUUACCACAAGUGAUCUAA